GUUACUCCUUAUAAGAUAGUGGAGUGUGAAUAUUUCUCGCAAAUAAAAACGCUGAAAGCAGAAUGUUAACAUCGUACAAGAAAUGAUUAGUGACAAGUGAAUACCUGGAACGACAAAUUACAUAACAACUUUAGAAGUGUUUCAUUGACUUUUAUCUUGUUUAACGUUUCACAAGACAAAUAUACCAUGCUUCUGCUUAGCUUGUUAUCCAUGGACUGGGCCAUUACGGGGGUUAUUAUGAUAGUUGUGUUCUACUUGACUUCUGUGUAUCUAAGAGACAGGCGACUGCGUUCGUUCCUACCGCCCGGACCCGUCGCGUGGCCACUAGUCGGAAACUUGCCUCAAAUUAUUGGGCAAGACUUACACAUAGCUCUAACAAAUCUUGCCGACAUAUUUGGGAAUCUAGUCUGGAUGAAGAUGGGGAGUGAGAAUGUUUUAGUGGUGAACAGUAUGGAUGCUGCCGUGGCCAGUUUGGUCAGACAAGGGAAAGUGUUCUCCGGACGUCCGCGGAAGAGGAAGACCGUGGAAGUUCUUCUUGGGGAGGGGAAAGACAUUGUGAUGAACGACGUCCUCCCGGAGCUAAAAAUUCAUCGUCGUAUCGUCCACUCGUUUCUUUCAUCACAGACUCAUUCCGAUAAGGACAGACUCAAGCAUAUCAUUCUGAACGAGUCCAGAAGCUUAGAGGACAAAAUGAAGACCUUCUCUAGUGAAAGUGUUUCGUUCGAUCCCAAAUUUCAAGUGGCCCGUGUGGUGGCCAACGUGUUGUGCCAGUGCAUACUCAGCAGACGAUUCGAUGACGUCGAUGAGCAGUUCCACGAACAGUUGAGAAUUGUUCAAGACAUUGUGGACAACAUUGAGAGUUUCAAUAUCGUUGAUGUUAUUCCGUGGUUAGAGCAUUUUCCUAUCCCAAGCUGGAGACGAUUUUUAACAAGUCUUGAAAAGAAGGAUAUCUGGAUAAACCGGGUUAUCCGUGAACACAGGGAAACGCGAACGGAGGAAAAGGAUAGAGACCUCGUAGACAUAAUGCUAAAAAUACAAAAGGAGGCCUUGGAAUCUGGCAAUGAAGAAGAAAUUCGGUUACUGUCAGACCAAAACAUCGGCCACAUCGUUCACGAACUGUUUGGCGGGGGGAUCGAAUCGACAACAAUGACCAUACUAUGGUUUAUUUUGUACCUGAUUCAUAAUCCACAGUGGCAAGAAAAAAUUUAUGAAGAAAUCCACGAAAACUCGGAAGAAGACGAGCUGCCGAAUCCUUUUGAACGCGCAAACUAUCCACUUUUAGAGGCAACAGUCAAAGAGACUCUGCGCAUGGCAUGCAUACUUCCUGUCGGUUUCCCCCACAGAACCCUACGCGAUACUGAACUUAAUGGCUAUUACAUCCCUGCCGACACAAUGGUUCUUAUGAAUAUCUGGGCGAUUCAUCACGACAAAAACGCAUGGAAAGACCCCGACACCUUUAAUCCAGAACGGUUUCUCUAUAAAGAUUCUGGAGAACGCUACAGCUACCUGCCCUUUGGCAUAGGUCACCGUGUGUGUUUAGGCUCGAACAUUGCCAAAAUGUCUGUUUUCUCGUUCUGUGCCACUCUGAUCAAAAACUAUAAAAUUACUGUCCCGGACGGCUCCCCUUUGCCAGACAUGAAACCGAACGCAGGACUAACAAACAGACCUAAACCUUUUGAAAUUAAACUCGUCAAACGCUGUUGAUUCUGAGAUGGUAUUUGCAGAUGAUUUUUUUCCGGUGAAAGGUUGAAAGACUACAUCCAAUGACGAGUGCUUUUGAUCUUAACGAUACAGAGAUGGUUUGACACAUCUUUCCCCCCAGAAAUCCAAAUGGACCUGUAUUUUGGUUUAUUCUCCGUUACUUGACUUACGAAGGGCAGCAUUUAUAUUUAUUUAUUCUUUGUAUGUACAUGUUGAAGGAUUGAUUACCUAUGUUGAUAUUUAUUGCGUUCCGUUGUCAAUGUCUUUUAUUUAUUAACUGUACUCUGUUGUAUUAUAUAUAUUGAAAUUUACCUUUAUCUUUGUACAGCUUGCAUUAAUAUUUUCUGAGAUAAACAAUGUUUUAACGGCAAUUUGUUUUAAAAAAAAGAAAGUCACAUUAUUUAUUCGCAAUAUUUGCAAUGAUAUAUAUUAAACUCUAUAUUUGAUUUAAUGUUAUGUCUGUGUUUUGACCAAAGAUGGUUGCACAUGAAAUUAAUUUAUUAAUGCCAGAAGCUUUUUUAUCCAUUUUCGUCCAUAGUAUUAAUUCUAUUCAUUCAUUCAAUGCAUGUCAAAUUCAGAUGUUAUUUAUUGUUGUUAAAUAUAUUUGAAUAAAAAAUAUUGUACGAAACAUAA